AUGGCGGAGUCUUCAGAUGUUCCCUCACCUUUACCUGUACUAAAAAAGAAGAAAAGUAUAUCAAUCAAGGACAAAAUUGCCAUAAUAGCUGCAAUAGAAACUGGUAAGAAGAAGACAGAUAUUGCAGAAAAAUAUGGCAUAAAGAAAAAUUCCCUGUCUACCAUUAUGAAGAACAAAGGAAAAGUUUUAGAAGCCUUUGACUCUUUGCCAUUCAACCCUAAGAGAAAAAGGUUAAGGACUGCAUUUUAUAGCGAUCUGGAAGAGGCCCUGGUGAAGUGGUACAAAACGGCUCAGUGCUCAAAUAUACCAGUAAAUGGACCAAUGCUGCGCUUCAAAGCUAAUUGUUUUGCACAGAAACUUGGACAUAAUGACUUUAAAUGCAGUAAUGGCUGGCUAGAUCGCUUUAAAUCAAGGCAUGGAUUAGCAUUCAGACCUCAGCCUCCUGUAGCUAUGGCUGCUGCUACUACUGCUGCUACUACGGUGGAUGCAGCAACUGCUUGGCAUCAAAAUAUUCUGCCUUACUAUUUAAGGGUUUAUCAGCCAAACAAUAUAUUUAAUAUGAAAGAGACAGGAUUGUUUUAUCAGAUGUUACCUAGUCAUACUUUUGCAUUUAAAGGAGAAACCUGCUCCACGGGGGAAUUAAAUAAGGAAAGAAUAACUCUAGUGGUUGGUACAAAUAUGGAUGCCUCAGAAAAACUUCCUUUGCUUGUUAUUGGAAAAAACAAGACCCCUCGCUGCUUUCAGGGUGUCAUGUCACCGCCUGUAGAAUACCAAGCAAAUGCUAUGUCAUGGAUGACUUCGGAGGUGUUUGAACAAUGGGUGAGCAAACUUGACAAGAGGUUUCAAAUGCAGGAGCGGCAAGUCGUUAUUUUUGUGGGCCCUUUCCCUGACCACCCGGAGGUAAAGAAUUUAAAGUCUGUGAAACUUGUAUUCUUUCCUUCUUGCUCACUUUCUAGAUUUACAGCUAUGAAACAAGGGGUAAUCAAGAGUCUGAAAAUCAAAUACCGGUACCUUCUUCUCAAGAGAUUUGUAGACUGUAUUGAAAGCGGUAAGGAGUUUACCUUGACUCUGCUUGAUGCUCUUCAUAUGUUGCACCGCUGUUGGAGGGCUGUAGCUCCAGAGACUAUUGUUAAAAGUUAUAACGAAGCAGGGUUUAAAUCACAAACUGGGGGAAAGGUUGAUGCAGACACAGAAGCUGAAAUUAAUUUCGAUUUGACUGCGUAUGCAAUGGCUGCAGGAGUUGAGUUUCCAAAAGGCUUCUCUUUGGAGGAAUAUGCAGUUUUGGAUGAUGAUUUGAUAACUUGUGAAAUGCUUCCUAACCAAGAAGUAUUAUGGGCCCCAAAAUAUAGUACAAGUGAAAUGUAUGAGGAAGGUGAAGAUAACUUUCCAAGAUCUGAAAACCGUAUGCCAUCAAAGAACGAGGCCCUUGCUGCUUUGGAUACUCUUCAAAGAUUUCUCAGAAGCCAAGAAUUGAAUGCAUCUCUUCAUAACUCCCUAGCAGUUUUGGAGAACUUUAUUCAGCAUGCAGCAUCUAAAUAAUACUCAAAUGGGAAAUGCUAAUUGCUUAAUUCAUUUUUAAAAUGGUAAUGAUGACCUUAUCAUAAUUAGAGCUAUAUAA